AUGGCUUGCGAUCCUCGACGUGCAUUACAUCGUUAUUUGGUUUUAAUUUUAAUGUGCUUUCUAAGUUUCGGCAGCUACUUCGUCUACGAUAAUCCUGCUGCAUUAGAGAAGCAAAUUGAAACGGAUAUGCGGGUUAAUGCUGCCAACUAUGAACUUUUAUAUUCUUUAUAUUCAUGGCCUAAUGUUGUUCUUUGCUUCUUUGGUGGUUACUUACUCGAUACCUUUUUAGGACUGAGGUUUGGAACCAUUGUAUUCGCCCUUUUCGUAUUAGUUGGUCAAAUCAUAUUUGCUAUAGGUGCUCAACUGGAUAAAUAUUGGCUAAUGUGUGUUGGAAGAUUUGUAUUUGGAAUUGGUGGAGAAUCCUUAGCAGUGGGCCAAAAUACCUAUGCAGUUAGUUGGUUUAAAGGCAAAGAGUUAAAUAUGGUUUUUGGUUUGCAGCUCAGUUUCUCUCGAGUGGGUAGUACGGUCAAUAUAAACAUCAUGGGACCAAUUUAUCGUUGGUUGAACAAUUACUUAUCGGGUUACCAAUGUUUAGGUGCUACAUUAUGGUUUGGAUGCGCUUUUUGCAUAUUGUCACUAUUUUGUGCUGUCCUUCUGGCUUAUUACGACAAGAGAGCAAAUAGACUACUUGGAAAAGAUGAUGAAAAGACUGGAGAAAAAGUCAGUCUUCUGGAUGUAAAAGAUUUCUCUUUACAGAUAUGGCUUAUGUUUAUUAUUUGUGUCGCGUACUACGUAACAGUAUUUCCUUUCAUAAGCUUAGGAUUAGUAUUUUUUGAAGAAAGAUUUGGCCUAGACCCCGCUGCUGCAAGUGCGGUAAACAGUAUUGUGUACCUCCUAUCAGCAUUUAUGUCCCCCAUUUUUGGUAUUCUUGUGGAUAAAGUGGGUCGCAAUUUAUAUUGGGUUAUCUUGGGCGUUGUUGCAACUCUUGGGAGCCACAUGCUGAUGGCUUUUACAUUCUUAAAUCCUUAUAUUGCUAUGGUUACCAUGGGCUUAGCUUAUUCUUUACUUGCUUGUGCAUUAUGGCCCAUGGUAGCAUAUGUUAUACCAGAGCAUCAGUUAGGAACUGCUUACGGAAUCAUGCAAGCUAUACAAAAUCUUGGAUUGGCCGUUGUUGCUAUAGUUGCUGGGGAUAUUGUCGAUUCGAAAGGCUAUCUGUUCUUAGAAGUUUUUUUCGGAGGCUGUUUAAGCAUUGCACUUAUUGCUGCUGUAGCAUUGUACCUUGUUGAUGCUGCAAGAGGUGGCACGCUGAAUUAUAGUGCGAAAAAACGCAAUAUGCUAGCUGAAGCAGAAAAUUUGUAA